AUGGGCCCCUGUACCGCCUCCUCAUGCUGCUGCCAGGCCCGUAAUCUGCCAUGUGCCCCCGUACCGACUCCUCAUGCUGCUGCCAGGCCCGUAAUCUGUCAUGGGCCCCUGUACCGCCUCCUCAUGCUGCUGCCAGGUCCAGAGUGUGUCAUGGGUCCCUGUACGGCCUCCCAUUGCUGCUGUCUCCAUCGCCACACUCUGCCAUGUGCCACUUUCAGGUCUCCUCACACUGCUGGUGGGUUCCAUUUUGUCAUAGGGUGCUAGCAGAUUACGGGCCUCCCAUUGCUGCUGCUAGGCCCGUAAUCUGCCAUGGGCCCCCGUACAGACUCCUCAUGCUGCUGCCAGGCCCGUAAUCUGUCAUGGGCCCCUGUACCGCCUCCUCAUGCUGCUGCCAG